AUGCCCGGGGUGGUUGGUGGUUGGCACAAGGCCUCCUGGCGGCCGCCGCCCUCGCGGCCAUCCUCCCCCUCACGGCGGCAUCCCCCAUUGAGACUCAGAUUCCCAUGCAGCCGCUUUACGCCUACGAAACCACCGGCACGGGCGACGUCAAGCUCGAGACGGAUUUUUCCAGACCCCUGCAUUCUCCAGGAUGACGACGGUCUGUGGUACUCCUUCGCCACAAACUCGGGCGGCCGCAACGUCCAGGCCGCCGUGGCGCCGGACUCGCUCGGCCCGUGGACGUACCUCGACGGCGACGCCAUGCCCGACCACAGCUGGACGAGCGGCGCAACACGUGGGCGCCGACGUCCGGCGUACGGGCAAACGACAGCUACAUUCUUUUCUUUUCGGGGCGAGCUGCCCGACGCCGACGGCAGACACUGCGUCGGCGUCGCGCUGGCGGACAGCAUGACGGGGCCGUACCGGCCGAUGCCCGAGCCCUGGGCCUGCCACCUCGACCAGGGCGGCGCCAUCGACCCGGCGGGUUUCCACGACGCCGGCACGGGGCGGAGGUACGUCGUGUACAAGGUCGACGGCAACCACGACGGCAACGGCGGCGACUGCGGCAACUCGGUGGACCCCGUCGUGUCGACGCCCAUCAUGCUGCAGGAGGUUGGGCCGGAUGGGUUCACCAAGAUUGGCAACCCCGUGCAGAUCCUCGACCGCACGGAGGCCGAUGGUCCGCUCGUCGAGGCGCCGGACAUCGUGAGGCUCGAGGAUGGCACCUAUGUGCUCUUCUUCAGCAGUUGGUGCUACGCUUCGGAUAAGUAUAAUAUUAAUUACGCCGUCAGUCGCAGGGUCGAGGGCCCGUACAUCAGGUCGUUGAGGCCGUUGCUGCAGACUGGGGACUAUGGGCUCAUAGACUACCGGACGAAGGAGCCGGGUAAUGAUUAUGACUAG